UCCAAUCCCCUGAACUGUAUGUCGCACUAUCUAUCAAUCUGGCUGAUGCCAAAUGUACUUAUAGAUUCAUCUCUUCACACUGCAAUGGGCUUUCUGCCACCUGCUUUUUAAAAGCACAACACUAAUCUGCUGCAAUGGAGCAUGGUGUGUUUACUCCACUGGAAUGCCUGCUUCCCACUGGAAACCUGAAGAUUUGCCUUCUGAUUCUCAACCAACCUUUCAACAAAGCUCAUUUCCAUCAUCUGUGGAGCAGAGCUGUAUUGAGAGCAUGUGCUGAUGGAGGUGCUAAUCGCUUGUAUCAUAUCACAGACGGAAAUCAGGAAAGCUUUUUGCCUGAUUUUAUCAGUGGGGACUUUGACUCUAUUAUGCCUGAAGUAAAGGACUAUUAUGCUGUCAAGGGGUGUGAGCUCAUAGAGACCCCAGAUCAAGAUUUCACAGACUUCACCAAGUGCCUUCAGAUACUCCAGCAGAAGAUAGAGAAGAAAGCCUUGCAGAUUGAUGUGAUUAUAACUUUGGGUGGACUUGGAGGUCGGUUCGACCAAAUCAUGGCAACUGUGGAGACUCUCUUUCAUGCAACUAAGAUAACCCCUUUUCCCAUCGUAGUUAUUCAGGAGUGCUCCUUGAUAUACCUACUGCAGCCUGGAAAGCACAAAUUGAAUGUAAAUACAGGGCUAGAAGGCAAAUGGUGUGGUCUCAUUCCUGUUGGGAAUGCCUGUGAUUGUGUUACUACAACAGGCCUUAAAUGGAACCUCGGAUAUAUCCAUUGCUUGUCCACAGUGGAAGGGCCCCCAGAUGGAAGACGUGAAAGUGAAAAUUGCAUUGCUUACUUCAGCAGGGCCAAUGGAAACAUUCUAAAGUUUGGGACACUUGUCAGCACUUCAAACACAUAUGACGGCUCUGGGAUUGUGACCAUCGAAACGGACAAACCUUUGCUUUGGACAAUGGGCAUCCAAGAGAAAGAAAGCGCUUAAAAAUAUUAUCACUGCCGCUUUUGUUCAGCCAGCCUUAAAGUGAAAAUUCCCACAGACCCUCAACUACAGUACUAAUGUAUAAAACUAUGUGGCCAUCUCAUUUCGUCAACAUUUUUACACAUUAGUCUUUGUAUGCCAUAUCAACCUUGUGCAAUACCAGACAUUUUAAGAAUUUUUUUUCUUGUUGGAGCAAUAUGGUAUUUUUAAAAAUAUAUAUAUGCAAGUUGAAUUUGUUUUUGGAUGUACUAUGCAUAUUUUUAGAAAGGUUUUAAAGGUGGAAACUGAUAAACCUUACAACAUAAACAACAAUUAUGCCUUCAGUAAAUGCCAACUUGUGAUUUGUCACUGGCCUAGAAUAGGACAUGCCUAAGGUAAAAAGCUAUUUCACAAGUUACAGCACCAAGAGUUACAGUCCUUGCUGUAUGUAUAUAUUUAAAGAAUGCAUGCACAGACACUAGACAGAGACAUUACAAGAAGGGACACUGCCUCUGAAGUACUUAUUUAUAUGUAUCAACACAGCCAGAGCUCUGUAAACACAGGAAGCCUGGAAACUUUUAACCCCCAAAAAACUUUUGGUACAGUAUAUGGCUUUUUACCACUAAAUCCUGCUAGUACAGUAUUUCUCACCCCUUUAUGCCCCUAUAUCCCUGUUAUAUCAUUAUUCUGCAUAGGAAAUGCACAUGGCUGGCUCUGAUGAGCUCUUUCACUUGCACUGAAAAAGUGAGAAGACAAAGGAGGGGAAUGCCUCCUAUAGAUGUAUAAAUGUGUGUGCGUGUUAUCUCUAUGGGAAGCUUUGAACUUACUCCUAAAUUAUGUUGUCAACAUAACUCAUGAAAGUGUGUAUAUCAUGGAGAACAUAAUUAAUCUAGUGCAAAUCCCAUUAAAUUGUCAAUGUAAGCAAUAUUCUUGCUUUAAUCCAUACAAACCACUGUAACAAGUUUUGAGCUACAGCUCAUAACUGCCAAAGUUGUAACUGAUUAAACCAAUGCCAUGUUUUAUGCUAAUACUUCUAUUUAAUAAAUACAGUGCACUGGUAUCAUACGUGGGCACGCUAUAAGCAGCUCUCAGAAUAUGCUGAAAGCUGUGCAGGAGCGCACGGGGCAGCACGUCCCAUUCAGGGGUGUGCGCCGGCACAUGCACAUGACCCAUUCACUUGAAUGGGGCUUGAACAUGCGCAGUACUUGGCUUAUGCGGGGGGUCCUGAACAGAUCCCCCACGUAAGCCAAGGACAGACUGUAUGAGCAAAGUCAAACAUCAGAAAAAGCAAUGGAGGCCUGUCCUGUUAACUAAGAUGGUACACAAAGCAUCUACGUUUAUGAAGUAGUCCAGUGUGUCACUCAAUUAUAUUUGAACACCAAUGGGAUACUGCAGGAGACACCACUGGUCCUUAGUUCAAGAACAGGUACCUUUCAGAUGUUUUUUACUGCGAUUUGUACAAAAAGAAGCAGAGAUCACACCGUUUAUCAAGAUGUGCUUGUAUUAACCAAAUAGAAUGCCACAACAGUUGUUCUUUAAAACCUGGUUUAUAUUGUCAAAUAGUAAAAGAAGAUCCAAAUAGAUUCUUAAUCCAGAAAGCCCACAACCUUCUCAUAUGUCACUAUGUCCAAUAUCAAGUCUUCAUGAAGCAUUCAGCCACCUCUGCCAAAAAGAAAUGGGGAAAAAGACACCAUCAACCCGAUAUUCUGCAUUGUAAUAUUGCUAUGCAAUUGACUUUUUUUUUCCCAAGAGAACUAAACACAGCAGCAGAUUUGCUUCAAUCACAGAGGCUUGUUUAAAUCAACAUAAUUUAAAUUAGCUAGAAGUACAGAUUUAAAUCAGGUUUCCCAUUGACAUUUUAUACAUAUUUUCCAAAUGGUGGAAAUCUGACCAUUAAGCCAUGUUAAUUUACAACUAAAAAGAAUAGUAUUUCUUUCAUUAUUUAUUCCUCUAUUAUUUCUGCCAAAGAUUAACUCUGAGGUCUUUUGCAUGGAAAUCAUUUUCUCUGUCACUGAGCAAUCCUCCCAGUUCUCAAAUGUGGGUUACUUUCAGAGAAGUGGUAUAAGAUUUUAGCCUAAAUAUGGGAAUAUAGUUGGCCUUUUGUAUCCACAGAUUCUUUAUCCAUGGAUUCAAACAUCCAGGGAGUGAACAUUUUAAGUGAUUUUUAUAUAUAUAUAUAAGUCAUUUUAUAUAAGGGACACCAUUUUACUACACUACUGUAUUUAAUGGGAUUUGAGUAUUCACAGGUUUUGAUAUUCACAGGGGGUCCGGGAACCAAACUCCAGGUGAUAUCAAGGGCCCACUGUACAGGGAGAUUUACAAUGGACAGUUUCUUCCUGUCUCCUUCCUUCAGUCUUGUUUCUUUCAGCUUUGUUUUGCCUUGGGUGAGCCUCGCCCGUAGGGAAAAAUAUUUUAGUACCCAGAUACUUGAAUGCAGUAGAGAAAUGUAAGUGCAAUUGCUAUAAGUGCUAUAAAAUACUUUUAAGAUGCUGCAGCCCCCCACAGCCAUUCUGUGGCUGGUAGGGGGGAAAGGGCAAUCAGAGAAGCAUCUGGCUAUCCCCCAUAGCUGGAUGUGAAAUUAUUACAUCAAUUGCUGAGACCUCAAGAAGAUUCCAGCACAUGCUAGCUACAGGGACAUGGUCAGAUGCUUUUCUGAUUCCCAAUCUCCCAAACUUUGUACCAGAGUGCCCAUGGGAAAAUGCUCACUGGGAAGCCUGCAGCAGCUUAAUAGUAAGAUGGGGGGGGGGGGGGCUGUUCAGAGGCCAGCUUUAGCAUAAUUCUGUGAAUGGAACCAUUGUCAUAUAAGGCUCCAGCUAUUAAAUAUGGAUCCUGACACAGAGAAUCAAGGUAGCUAUUCAGUUUAUUUUAACACUGUCUAUAUAAAGUUUUCAAAUAUUCUACAUACAUCUUUCUACCACUCAUACCUACUUUGCAGCUGGUACUUACACAAUGAUGUUGUUGAUUGGAAUGUGGAUCAGUUUUACAAAGAAACCGAUAAAUCCCAUUAUCGCAAAACCUAUCGCUGUUGCCAUAGCAAUCUUCUGGAAUUCUGAAAUUAAGUAAAUAAAUAACUGGUCAAAGCAAAAAUAAUUAGACCACUGAAAUGGAAAAUGAUUUUUAAGGAAAUGUAUCUUUAUAAAGCUUCAUCAAUUAAAACCAAAUUCCUCUU